AUGGCUGGUAUGUACACUUCACAAGAUCUCUUCCCCCUCUCCGAACGUGGCAGUUGCGUUCCACGCUGCUUUUCUUUCCAAGAUCCAACUUCCACCUCGACUUCCCCAAAGCGGGGCGCUGCAUUCUCUCUCCACGAUUUGGAGACGGAUUCCGAAGGAGAGCUAGGCGCCCAGGUUUCCCGAGGUGACACAGAAUCCGAAGGGUCAGGGGAGCAAAUCAAGGGCGACGUACCGCCGUUGGACACUGACUCUACCCUCGAUGGCAAGGGCCAGGAUGGGGCAGGCUUGCAAGACGGCAUGCUUCCCCGCGACCUUCCCACACGCACCGCCUUCUACGAUCCCGUCGCCGAACGCCAGAUGAGCCAAACAGAUGCCAAACUCUUUUACCAGAGGAGCCAGAUUGGCCAGCUGCGGACGGGAAGUGCUCUGUGGUCGCAAUCCUCGCCUCAUGGCAGUCCACUUAUGGUCGGCUCUGAGCCUCGCGAUGUCCCGGCCGGCUCGAGGGUCUCUGACCAUCCUGUGGACUCUUCUCCCCUGGGCAAGCAGAAAGGUCAGUUCAGAGGCAAAGCUCCAGUCCGGGAGGACGUGAUGCUGCCGGAACCGACCCAGAACUUUGGCCAGGCCACGUCUACGCCUCCACGAAGCCAUCCUUUCCAAGACGGCGCCCACGACCUCGCACAAGUCGCAGCUCAAAUGAGUCUGGGUCAAGCUCCUGACAAGCACUCAAGCUUUUCGAGUCAGACGGGUGGUCUUGGUGCCGCCGCCUUCUCCGACACGGACCCUCACAUUACAGCCGAACUCAGCUCCAUCUCCAAGAACAUCCAGAGCAUCAUGGACCUUCGCCAGAGGUACAUCAAGCUAUCUCUUCAGGGCCCUGACGACAACCCUAAGGAUGAGGCUGCGUGGUCAAUCUACCCCCCACCGCCUCAGCCGGCAUGGGGUGCUGAGCAUGCACGUGCAGCAACAUCCACUGAGCCGCCCACCGGUGCUACCAACAGUCUGAAUGGGAGCAUGGUUCUACCCCCCCCUACUGCUGCUGCUGCUGCUGCUGCUGUGGCAGAAUCGGAGCCAAAGCGGACUUCGAAGAAGCGAAAGCCUGGCCAAGACAUCGGCGAAGACUUUGACAUGAAUGAUCUCCUUCCGGUGCCCUCGGCUCAUAAGAUGACGUUCAAACUGGACGACAGCGGCGUCUACCAAGUCUUCGAGAGUGAAGAUGCCGAAGCGAACGGGAAACCCCUCAUCAGUGUUCCGACGAUUCGGGAGUUCUACAUGGAUCUUGAUCAUGUUCUUGGUAUUUCCUCUGACGGUCCUAGCAAGAGUUUCGCUUUCCGCCGGCUACAGUAUCUCGAGGGAAAAUUCAACCUCUAUGCACUUCUCAACGAGUAUCAGGAAACCGCGGACAGCAAGAAAGUCCCUCACAGAGACUUUUACAACGUUCGUAAGGUCGACACCCACGUCCACCACUCUGCCUGCAUGAACCAGAAGCAUCUUCUGCGUUUUAUCAAGAGCAAGAUGAAGAAAUGUCCUGACGAGGUCGUACUCUUCCGCGAUGGCCGUCACCUCACCCUGGCAGAGGUUUUCCAGAGUAUCAAUCUGACGGCAUACGAUCUCUCUAUCGACACUCUGGAUAUGCAUGCACACACGGACUCUUUCCACAGGUUCGACAAAUUCAACCUCAAGUACAACCCGAUCGGCGAGUCUCGUCUCCGAACCAUCUUCCUCAAGACAGACAACUUCAUUAACGGCCGCUACUUGGCUGAAAUUACCAAGGAAGUCAUUGCCGACUUGGAAUCGAGCAAGUACCAGAUGGUCGAGUGGCGCAUCUCUAUUUAUGGCAAGUCUCUCGACGAGUGGGACAAGCUAGCCGCCUGGGUUGUAGACAAUAAGCUUUUCUCUCACAAUAUCCGAUGGCUCAUCCAAAUUCCUCGCCUGUACGACGUCUACAAGGCGAGCGGUCUCAUGAAUACGUUCGAACAGGUGGUUAAGAACGUCUUCGAGCCUUUAUUCGAGGUGUCCAAGGACCCUUCAAGCCAUCCGAAAUUGCACAUCUUUCUGCAAAGGGUGAUCGGUUUCGACAGCGUCGAUGACGAAAGCAAAGUCGAGCGACGCCUGUUCAAGAAGUUUCCUGUGCCGAAGGUAUGGGACUCGAAACAGAAUCCUCCGUACAGCUACUGGAUCUACCACCUGUUCUCCAACAUGGCGUCCCUCAAUGCGCUCCGAAAAUGCCGUGGUUUCAACACAUUCGUUCUACGCCCGCACUGCGGCGAAGCUGGCGACAGUGAACAUCUCGCCGUUGCUCUACUAUGCUGCCAUAGCAUCAGCCACGGUCUCUUGCUGCGCAAGGUCCCGCUCCUGCAGUACAUUUUCUAUUUGGAGCAGAUUGGAAUCGCCAUGUCGCCGCUCAGCAACAACGCCCUCUUCCUGGCUUAUGAGAGGAAUCCAUUUUACCAGUACUUCCGGCGGGGAUUAAACGUGUCACUUUCCACGGACGACCCUCUGCAGUUCGCUUUCACCAAGGAGCCGCUGAUGGAAGAGUACGCUGUGGCGGCACAAAUCUACAAGUUGAGCUCGGUAGAUAUGUGCGAGCUCGCUAAGAACUCAGUCAAGCAGAGUGGGUUCGAGACUGCGAUCAAGGAGCAGUGGUUGGGACCCAACUUCAAGCUCCCCGGCAAGGCAGGUAACGCAAUGGUCAAGACGAAUGUGCCAGAUCGCCGAGAGGAAUUCAGGUACCAGACGCUUCUUGAAGAACACGACAUGCUUCGCAAGUACAUCGCAUUUGGCGCCAAACGCUCCUCUGAAUCCAUGACCAGCGCGGAUCAACAAAGCAUUGCCCAGACCAUCAUAGCUGGGCAGCAAGCUGUAGCUGCGUCCGCUGUGCAAGGACAGGGUGAGAGGGAGCUUGAAAUGGAUGCGUCUACUGCUGGAACUGUGUCCCGCAAUGACGUUAUGGCUUCCCCUGGCAGUCUCUUAUCAACUAGGGAGGAAUCGUGGUCUGCUGACGCCCACACUUCGGGUCAGGACCCCAGGCUUUUCCCAGGUGUCAUCAGUCGCGGACAGACGGGCAGCAGCAGUCUGUUCCACGAUGACAGUCAGCCGUGA